AUGUCAUCCCAGAACCAGUCAAGUGUUCUUCAUAAAUUCAAGGGAAUCCUCUUUUCUACUAUGUCUUCAGAAGAACUUCUAAAUUCCCUGGAUUCUUUUGAUGCAAGAGAAGAUGAUGUGUUUCUGGUUUCCUAUCCAAAAUCUGGCACUCACUGGAUUGCAGAAGUUAUUGAGAACAUUCCCAAUGCUAGGAUUACCCUAACACCUCCUAUUGAACUGGGAGACAUCUCCAAAUUUGAAGAGCUAAAAACAUACAGUGAGAGGAGAGUUAUUCCAACACACUUGAGCUAUGACAUGCUACCGAUGAAUAUCAAACAGAAACAGUGCAAGAUUAUCUACAUCAUUAGGAAUCCAAAAGAUACAGCUGUUUCACUCUUCCACUACUACAGAGAUAACCCUAAUCUCCCCAGCAUUGAAACCUGGCAUGAAUUUCUUGAGCUGUUCCUCAGAGGAGACGUUGUGUAUGGAUCCUGGUUUGAUCACAUUUUAAGUUGGGAGGAACACAAAAAUGCGAAGAACAUUCUAAUUAUAUUCUAUGAAGAAAUGAAGAAAGAUCCUUCUAAAAACAUCAAGAAAAUUACUACUUUCCUAGGUUUAAAUGUAAGUGACAGUGAAAUUAAUAAGAUUGCUUGGAAAACAUCAUUCAGUGAAAUGAAAAAUAAUACAGCUGAAGAAAACUGUGAUCCAAAUCAUACCAUCUGUGCCCUCACAUCUAAUAGGAAGCUGGUAUUUAGGAAAGGUGCAGUGGGUGAUUGGAUAAACUACUUUACUUCAAAGCAGAAGAGAGUAUUUGAUGAACUAUUCACAGAGAAAAUGAAACACAGUGAACUAGCAGGGCACUUCGGAGAUUACUCUUAAUAUAAAUGGGAAAUGCAACCAAUUUCCAUUUUAUGCAAUGCAGUGCUUGGGGAAUACAUAAAUAUUUUUCACCAGUGUGGAAGGCAGAUAGUUCUUUUGGUGAGAAAAAGACACUUUAUGAAAAAGCAUCAUGUGUGAGA